GGUUUGUUUUGUUAUCCCAAAUUUGGGUAGCCAUAAAACCAUUUUUAUUAUCUUUAAAUCUUUCUAUAUCAUAUGAUCAAAUACCUCUGGUUCUCAACACAAACUAUCCUCAAUGGCCACUCUUCUUUCAUCUUCUCCAUCCUCUCUCCUCUUCACCACUCUCUCUCCCCCUUCUCUCCCCUCCCUCUCUCUCUCCUCCCUCUCUCUCUCAUCCACUUCUUCCAUAUCUUCUUCUUCCAUCUCUCUCUCUCAUCGCUCUCUCUCACUCUCCUCAAAAAGACCAUCUUAUUCUGCAUUUGCAGUCAAAGCUAGUGCUGCAGAAAAGAAGAAAGUGCUCAUAGUCAACACUAACAGUGGUGGUCAUGCUGUCAUUGGAUUCUACUUUGCUAAAGAGCUUUUGAGUUCUGGUCAUCAAGUUACUGUUCUUACUGUUGGUGAUGAGGGUUCUGAUAAGAUGAAGAAGCCUCCAUUCUCAAGAUUUUCAGAAAUUGUGGAAGGUGGUGGCAAGACAGUAUGGGGUGAUGUUAAUGCAAUUGGGACAGUUUUGGAAGGACUAACAUUUAAUGUUGUUCUUGAUAACAAUGGCAAAGAUUUGGAUGCUGUGAAGCCAGUAGCAGAUUGGGCAAAGAGUUCAGGUGCAGAACAGUUUUUAUUCAUCAGCAGUGCUGGAAUGUAUAAGACAACUGAAGAGCCACCUCAUGUUGAAGGGGAUACUGUCAAAGCUGAUGCCGGUCAUGCUGGAGUUGAAAAAUACAUCUCCGAAAUUUUCGGAAAUUGGGCAACUUUUCGCCCACAAUACAUGAUUGGCUCAGGCAACAACAAAGAUUGCGAGGAGUGGUUCUUUGAUCGUAUUGUGAGGGGAAGGCCCGUUCCAAUCCCAGGGUCGGGUAUGCAACUAACCAACAUCUCACACGUCAGAGAUCUAUCGUCUAUGCUAACAAAAGCAGUUGAGAACCCGAGUGCUGCAAGUGGGAAGAUCUUCAACUGUGUUAGUGAUCGGGCAGUGACCCUAGACGGAAUGGCUAAGUUAUGUGCUAAAGCAGCAGGCUUACCCGUUGAGAUUGUGCACUAUGAUCCAAAAUCCAUCGGCAGUGAUGCAAAGAAAGCUUUUCCGUUUCGCAAUAUGCAUUUCUAUGCGGAACCUAGAGCCGCAAAGGACAUUUUAGGAUGGAAAAGUAGCACAAAUCUACCAGAGGAUUUGAAAGAGAGAUACGAAGAGUAUGUGAAGAUCGGAAGAGACAAGAAGGACAUAAAAUUUGAUAUUGAUGAUAAGAUAUUAGAAUCUUUAAAAGCUCCGGUUGCUGUCUGAUAACACAAUUCAGAAAGUCUAUUGAGUUUAUGUUCCAAAGUCUUGAAAAAGGUUGGAAAAUGUAAUCAAAUUGUUUAUUGCGUAAUAUAUGUGUCAGUUUCGACCAAUUUACUUA